AUGGAUUGCUUUAAGUGUAAAAAAAUUAUUGCUGAAAGGGAUGUUAUUAAAUGUACGGGAUGUAAUAUGUACAUGCAUUAUCAAUGUGCUGAUUUAUCUGAAACAGAGUUCAAAAAAAUCCUCCCUAUGAAUAAAAUCAAAUGGAAAUGCCCACCCUGUAAAAAUAAGAGGCUCGCUGGUACGUUAGGAGGGACAGUGUCACCUAAGUUUAAAGAUUGCACAACUACGUCUAUUUUAAACGUCGACACCGACGCCUUGACUGAAUAUAUGGAUGCGAAGCUUGACAGUCUGCGCCAGCAGUGGCAGGAGGACUUAAAUUCAGCCAUCCAAAAAGUAUCUAAAACUUUUGCGCAAGAUAUUAAUAGGUUGGAAAAACGUGUUGAUUCAUGGGAGGAGCGCAUAAAGGAACUCGAGCAAAACUUUACGGCAUCGCAUAGUCCUGAUGUCACCCUGAUGCAGGAAAACAACGAGCUUCGCGCAGAUUUGGAGAAUUUACGUGCCAAGUUUGAUGACCUCAACCAAGCCUCUCGCAGUUGCAACGUGGAAUUACAAAACAUUCCUGAAAAAAGGCUGAAAACCUGA